CAAGAAAAAGCCCACAGCCUAAACAUCCCCACAAGCACUAUUUCUCCUAUUAUAGAUACUAAUAAUUCAGAGCUAUCAUCCAAGAAAUCUCUACCCACUCCAUUACAGAAAAGUAAAAAACAAAAAGAGAAAGAGGCUUCAGAAACAGAGAAACAACUUGAUAAAGUUCGUUUCGAGGUUGUUUAUGGCAGGUCUGCAGAGAUCCGCAGUAUCGUUCAGGCGACAGGGCUCCUCGGGAUUAGUAUGGGACGACAAAUUUCUCGCUGGCCUCGCCGACCAACAGAAGGAGGAUGACAACACCAAACCUCAACAAGAAAGUAAACAAGAUUCCGCCUCCCAUGCCCCAGCCCUAGCCGCCACGAAUUCGUCUCCGCUUACCGGAUUGACGAUCGAGAGGAGCCGAUCCAACGGCGGCCGGGGGUUCCGGACGGGAAGGGUGUCGCCGGCGAUUGAGCCGCCGUCGCCCAAGGUAUCCGCCUGCGGGUGCUGCAGUGCUUUUGGGAAGAGUAAGAAGACGCGCCACCGGCCGCCGAAGACUGGUAAGCGCGUUGUGUGAGGUUUUAGAGGGAGGGAUACGGUGUGGGAGGUGUACGUGAGGUGUUAUAUGAUCGUGUCUAUGAAAUUGAGGUGAAAGAAUUUUGAGAGGUGAUGAAUGAAAAAGAUCAAAUGAUUAUCAUACUCUUAAUAACUCUUCUCUCUCUAUCUCUCUUUUCUUUUUUCUUGAGCUUUGUCAUUUGUGUAAUAUAUUUGUGCAUAUCUUUAUUAUCAAUGGACAUUGCUUCUCUCUUGAAUUA